AUGGAUUAUCAGAACCGUGCCGGUUCCAAGUUCGGCGGUGGAGGCGUAGCCAGCCACUCAGCGACCAACGCCGACCGACGCGAACGGCUUCGUAAGCUCGCCCUCGAGACGAUCGACCUCGACAAAGACCCCUACUUCUUCAAGAACCACGUCGGCUCAUUUGAGUGCCGUCUCUGUCUCACCGUACACCAAAACGAUGGCUCCUAUCUUGCCCACACCCAAGGCAAGAAGCAUCAGACCAACCUCGCACGGCGCGCGGCAAAGGAGCAGAAGGAAGGCAAGAGCCAAGUCGACCCGCAGACUGGUCUCCCCAUGGGCGUCGUCGGCGCUGGCUUCAGCGCGCUCGGUCUAGGCGCGAAUGGCGUGCGGCGCAACGUUGUGAAGAUUGGACGUCCCGGCUACAAGAUCACCAAAGUCCGCGACCCAGUCACAAGACAGCAGGGUCUGCUCUUCCAGCUUCAGUUCCCGGAUAUCGCCAGCGACGUCACUCCCAAGUGGCAGGUCAUGAGCGCCUUCAGCCAGAGAGUAGAGGAAGCGGACAAGAACUUCCAGUAUCUGCUGGUGGCGGCGGAGCCAUAUGAGACUUGUGGCUUCAAGAUUCCGGCGCGUGAGCUCGACAAGCGCGAGGACAAACAAUUCAGCUUUUGGGAUCCCGAUGCCAAGGAGUACUGGAUCCAAGUGAUGUUCAUGACCGAGAGAGAGGAGCGCUUCGGCGCGGCGCCCGGUCUCGCCGGUCGGAGGUGA